AUGUGCCGUCAAUAUUACACUCUCUACGAGUGGUGCCAUUGCGAAGAGGACGCGGGCAACAGUGUCUGCUCCCGCCACCGUCACAACAGCUGCCCCGGUGUCAGCGUCGAGACCGUCCAUAUGCACUGCUUCUGCAAUUCCCACGCGACGCGCGGAUUCAAAUCCGAGAAGAACACCCGGAAAGAGGAGAAGAAGAUCCGGCGCCGGUCCGAAGAUUCUAUGGACGAGAAGGCUUCCAUGGGCCGCCGGUGGUACCAGUGGUAUCAAUGGCGGGUUCUGCGAUCGCGGUAG